AUGACAGCAGAGCUCAACAUAGAAGACUCAGCCUUCUAUCGUGGCAUUGUCGUGUUCUCCGGCGGGAGUGCAGCCAAUAGCCUGGUAGACGCCUUCAAUACGGUGAGGGCGAGUAAACAAUGUCUUCUCAAUUACGUUAUCCCCAUAUCUGACAACGGUGGCUCAACGUCGGAGCUGAUACGAAUAUUUGGCGGGCCCGGAAUUGGAGAUGUCCGAAGUAGAUUGGUACGGUUGAUACCAGACUCAGCACCAGACUCAGAAAGAGCUGCAGUAAAAGCUCUUUUCAAUCAUAGACUUAACGUCGACGCAACUGCAGCGAGAGAGAACUGGCAAUCUAUCGUUGAUGGUACUUCGCCUCUAUGGUCGGCUAUUACACCAGCUAAAAAAGAAUUGAUUCGAUCGUUCUUUAAUUAUCUCAAUCUUGAGAUUCUGAAAAGAGCUCGGCCACCUACAUCUACAUUCGAUUUUAGUUCCGCGAGUGUCGGAAAUCUGUUUCUGACAGGCGCACGCCUUUUCACUGGCAGUUUUGAGAGCGCCAUUCACCUUCUGGGCAGUAUAGGCGGAGUAUCAUCGGACCUUGUCCGCGUUAUCCCAGCUAUCAACUCGAAUUUUUCACAUCACAUUUCAGCGUCUCUUGAAGACGGAUCUGUGAUUGUCGGGCAAAAUAGCAUUUCGCAUCCAAGCAAUGCUCCCGGAUCACCCAAACUUGGCAGAAGGAGAGCAAGCUUGCUCUUAGCGGAUGGAGACGCGGAUGAUUCUGAUUACCUCGACAUGGACGAUGCUACUUCCUAUCAAGACGAUCAUAUACCUGGCUCAUUACCCAGCCUGCGAUAUAAGAAUAUUACAUUCAAUAAAACUGAUACUGAGGAACUUGCCUGUCGCAUUUCGCGGAUAUGGUACAUCAACCCGUAUGGCCAGGAAAUUCGACCACCGGCCAAUCCGCGAGUGCUGGAAGCCAUAAAUGACAGUCAGGCGAUUAUAUAUAGCAUUGGCUCGUUAUAUACAUCCAUCAUACCCUCACUUAUUCUGAGGGGGGUCGGCAAAGCGAUAGCCAUGAGUCCAGCGCGGCACAAGAUUCUGAUCUUGAAUGGAUCUCUCGACCGAGAAACGGGACCAUCGAGUGAGCCUUUUACAGCGGUGGAUUUUGUAGAAGCGAUUGUCAAAGCUGGAGAGGAGAGUCGUGGACGAGGAGGCGCUGUUGCAGGUUUAGGACGAGACGGCGGCAGACAUCGUAGUAUGGACUCUGUCAUGACCGGUCUACCUGGUUCAUCUACUGCUCAAAAUCCGAUCAUUACUCCGGAGACUUCGCUACCAAGUAUUAUCGAGCCAUCAACGUUGUCAUCACCAAUGAUAGCAGGCAAGAAACAAUUUCCAUACACAUCAUACGUCACACACAUCCUGCACCUGGAGGGUCCAGGGACGCCAUCCGUAGAUCGCGAACGGUUAUCUGCCAUGGGGAUCGAAACACUACGAUUAUAUGGACGGAAGAUUAUAUCGGAUGAUGGCAAGACUGCGCUGGGUAUGCGGUAUGAUUCUACUGCUCUUGUGCAGGCGUUGGAGGUAGUAUUGGGGAGGAAGGGUGAUGCAAUGCUUAGAGGGAAAUUGGGUGGUGGUGUUAGUAGACGGAAUACUCUGGAAGGCGGUUAUAAGGAGCGAUAA